CACAAAUAGUCUGGCCGUCUGGGUCAUACCCAACAUGGUUAGCAUUUACCAAUGUUAUCUGAAGCUCCAUGCAUAGUACUGAAGUCUGAUUCGUAUUCUGCAGUAGUAGUAUUUUCUACAGCCAUAGCAUGGAAACUGAGAUGGGCCUCCAAGCGGCUAGAUGCACAGGCAUGCUCAGGAUCAUCACUUGUACUAUGGAUCACCGCUGAUGUAUAUUGGACAUCCAUAACAGCAGGAGCCGCCAAGAUCAGUUGCGGCGUAUCAUGGGACAAAGAUUUUUCCAUCACCCUAAUGGGGCGUACGGAAUCAGAGAUGCAUCCCGUCAUGGCCGUUGCAGAGAUCAUUAAGGAAGAUGAAUUCCGCCGUGCCGACUGUCCGUUCGGAUGCAUGGCGUCCUGCUCGUACCUGUCGCUGGGAUGCAUGUUGCGGCUGCAAUUAGGAAUUGAGAAGGAGACGUGCGGGGAUUAGCACAACUGCUUUGGUUGGGGGGUUAUUAGCAAAUAAGCAGGCAUAACUAAAAGCUGGUGCGGGCGUGUUUUCGCAACUCCAUGCAGAUUUUUAUCGCGUGCGUGGAAUGGGGGAUCGGCCGGUCGAAAGUCAACGGAUAGAGGGAUUCACAAAUCAUCGCAGAUGCAUUAGAUACUACGCCUUGAAUAAAACCCCUAGUUACCCUUAAAAAAAACUCUGAACAAAAACCUCUUAAGAAAACUCAGGACAAAACGAGCGAAGCGUCCUGCACUGUAAAAAAAAAAACCCGCAGAGAAGCAAGCCCGGCCUCGAAACCCUAGUUCGCAGCUCUCCUCCCAUUGAGAAUUCUGCGGCGAUGGCGUCAGCCAUGCCCAUGGAUGCGGGGAUCGGGAAACAGCGGCGGCACGACAAGUUCGACCUCCUUGCGAAGGAGCAAGGGUACCGAAGUCGCGCGGCCUUCAAGCUGCUCCAGCUCGACACGCUCUUCCGUUUUCUCCCGACGGCUCGCGCGGUGCUUGAUCUCUGCGCCGCGCCUGGGGGGUGGGUCCAGGUGGCCGUCAGCCGCGCCGCCCCCGGCGCCUUCGUCGUCGGUGUCGACCUCGCUCCCAUCCGCCCCAUCAGCGGCGCUCUCUCUCUCAAGGAAGACAUAACUGCCAGUGCCAGGUGCGGCGCCGCCGUGCGGCGGCUCAUGGAUUCAAGGGGCGUCGCAUCAUUUGAAGUCGUCCUCCACGACGGUGCUGGACGAAAGAAAAAGUGCGGUGGCACCGGUGCAUCGGCUGCGCAGGAGGCCACCACCACGCAGUCAGCGCUUGUCAUGGACGCCGUGCGCCUAGCUACCAUGUUCCUCGCCCCCAAUGGCACCUUCAUCACUAAGUUCUUCAGGUGUCAAGAUUACAACGCUAUAAUGUUCUGCCUGAAACAGCUAUUUGAGCGUGUCCAUCUGAGUAGACCUGUAGCAAGUCGGUGCACGCCUGCUGAAAUUUAUGUUAUCUGUCUGAGAUAUAAAGCCCCCGCAAACAUUCAACCAGAACUUCUUGAUUUGAAGCACUUGCACUUGAUGAGUGUGGAUGCAGAGAAGAGCAAGCGGCAGGAAAGCACAGAAUUCUGGAAAACUGGUCUAGCAUCAGAUUUUAUAUGGUCUGAGGCCCAGACACCACUGGACUUUCUUGGUUCUUUUUUGACAAUUUCAUUUGACGAUCCAGCAUCUCUGCCUAUGAAGAAUCAUGAGCUUACUACAGAUGAGAUAAAAGACCUUUGUGAAUAUUUGUUUGUGCUGCGUGAAAAUGGCUACAAUCAUCUCUUGAAAUGGCGCAUGCGCAUAAGGAAAGCACUGUUGUCAUGUUCACAAGUGACACUAAAGGCUGAUGGGACUGUGACGGACAGCAAGGGCAGUGAUGAUGACCAACUUUUACACGAAGUGGAAGAUUUGAAGAAUAUUGUUGAUACAAAGAGAAUGAAAGUGAAGCAUCAAUCAAGGCCUCAUGCAAAGGGUAAAGCACACAAGACAUCAGGAAUGCAAAUUGGUGCCACAGAAGAUGGUUAUGGUGAUCCUGACUUGUUUCCUAUUUGUGCUAUUGAGGGCGAAAAAGAACUUCAUGCUGCUGAGUCACCACUGCUUGAUUUGGAAGAAGACAUUAGAAACAGUGAGAACGAAGAAACUCAGGCUCUUGAGGACUCUGGUGAGGAAAUGGAUUAUGAUCAAGAACAACAGAGGUAUGGCGCUCAGGUCAAGGGGAUUCUUGAUGAAGCUCAGGUGCCCUUUGGGACUGAAAAGUGUGGAGAAGUCAAACGUCCGAGCAAACAUGCAAAGCGUACCAAUCCCUAUGGCAAUACAGAGGUAAUAUCGAGCCUAGUUUACAUGAUCAUUAGUCCGAAGAAGGAUUGAUAAUAAGAGAUGAUGGGCCCUGCGAAGGGUCCAUGGAUUGUAAUGUGAAGGUAUUGGUGGAUCCACAGAUGGACAACAGGUCUAGCGGGCCGGUUCAGGGAAGAAGGAUGGGUAGUGGAGACUCCCCCAAAGGAGGAAAAGCGAAGAAGGGCGCUGGUGGC